AUGUUUUCGAUUUCUGAAUCUUUUAAGUUCCUUGAUUCGGAUUUAAUUAACUGGAAGCUAGUUCUUGGGUUGUUGUCAACUGGAAAAUACGUAUUUGAUACUUAUUUGAAGUAUCGCCAAUACGAGGUAUUGCAACAGAAGUCAAUCCCAGCUUCGAUUAAAGCUGAAAUUGACCCUAAUGACUUCGAAAAAUCAACCGAUUAUAAUAUUGCUAAGCUUAAACUAAGCGUCUUCAACAAUACCUAUUACUUGUUUCAAAGAUUAUUUACUAUUAGAACCAAUAUAUUUUACUCCCUUUGGCAGACUACUGGAUUAUUAAUGUCAAGAGCCAUUCCUUUUCUACCCCAAUUCAUGAAAGGCACCAUCACUCAUUCUCUUUUCUUUUAUACAACCAUCCUGCUUAUUUCAGAAAUAAUAGAUUUGCCGUUUUCGUACUACCGAGAAUUUGUUGUGGAAGAGAAAUUUGGUUUUAACAAGCAAACUAUUGGUCUUUGGCUCAGAGAUCACAUUGUUGGGUUUGCCUUGAACACUGUUAUUGUUAAUGGUGUACUUUCAGGAUUGUUGAAAGUCUUUGAAAUAUAUGGAGAGUCAUUCAUCGUCUAUGCAACUGGCUUCUUAUUUGCUGUUUCUUUGGCUUUUUUUUCAUUGAGUCCUUUUAUUGGACGUCUCUUCCAUAAGUACACUCCUUUGCAAGAUGAAAAUUUGAAACAUCAAAUUGAAAACUUAGCAAGCAAGUUAAAUUUCCCGAAGACAAAUAUUUUUGUUAUAGAUGGUUCUUCAAGAUCGUCUCACUCAAAUGCUUAUUUUGUUGGAUUACCAUGGUACAAAGAAAUUGUGAUUUUUGACACUUUGAUAGAAAAACAAACAACUGAAGGAGUUGUAGCAGUUUUGGGUCAUGAGCUAGGGCACUGGAAACUCAAUCAUAUACCAAAAUUGAUGCUAAUUCAAUUAUUGGAUUUCACACAGAUCUUCGGUCUUUUUGGUGUCUUUAUCAACAACAAGUCCUUAUACUCCUCUUUUGGAUUCACUGAAAGCCAACCAGCUAUAGUUGGAUUGGUAUUAUAUUGGAUUAUUAAGGAACCAAUUUCAAGUGCCACGAGAUUUGUUACAAAUAUAUUCUCCCGCAAGUUCGAGUGCCAAGCAGACGAAUUUGCUAAGAAUUUAGGGUACCAGGAUGACUUAUCCAAAUCGCUAUUGAAGUUGCAUAUCAGCAGUCUGUCAGUAACAAGCACCGUUUGGUUGUACUCAGCCUAUUAUAAUGGCCAUCCGUUAUUAUCCGAAAGAUUAAGUGGUUUAGGCUACAUCUCCAAGGAGAAGAUUUCAAGGGAAACCAAAUCUAAGCCAUUAAAGGAAGAUUGA